AUGGUAUCUUUCGCCAGGGUUCAGGCAUUCGUUACAGGAUCAACGCAUAUGUACAAAAUCGUUUUAAUCACUUCAAUUGUUCUCAUCGUAGCCGGUAUGCUUCUCACCACAUUCAGCCUGUUCAGUCCAAUGUGGCAAAUAGUCGAUCGACCUAAACUGGCAGAAAUCCAUCAUCAUGGUUUAUGGUGGGAUUGUGUGGUACCGGAUGGAACGUUAAUACCGCUACAGUAUGAAGGUACCGCACAAACUGGUAUGCUCAUAUCCACGAAUUUCUCGUAA